AUGGGAUAACCAAACUCGAAGGCUGCACCUGUUUAACCAAGAGAUCCAAUGGAUAUUUAGUUAGACCUAAGAAUGACAUGGAAACGUCUUGAAUCUGAAUCAAAGAGAAGUUUAAAAGAAUAGGAUAAGAAUGUUGCAAAGGCUAAGGAGGCUUUAAAAAAAAAUAAUGAAGAAGGAGCUAAGCUAUUUUUAUAAACAGCUAUGGCGAAGAAAUAAGAGAGUGAAAAUUUACAAAAAAUGGCAACGAAGAUUUAAUUUGUGGAAUCACAAGUAAAAAGUGCUCAAGCCAAUGCUGAUAUGAUGCAAUAAUUGAAUGUUGUUACACCAAUUAUGUAAUAGUAUACAAAUAACAUGUCAAUUGAAUAAUUAUAUUAAAAUAUAAAUCAAUUUGACAGGGCCUUAGAUGACAUUAUGGUCUAAGGGAAGGUGAUGGAUUCAAUGAUGAAUAAGAACUCUAAUGAUUUUUAAACCAACAUGGCAGUUGAUUAGAUGAUGCAAUAGCUAAAGAAAGAAGAAGCCUUAAAACUGCAAGAUCUACAACCCUCAAAUAUGCAAUUUCAACAGAUACAAUAGUAGCAAUAACAACCCUAAUACCAAAAUCAACAGCAAUAUUAAUAAUAGAAAUAUUGA